GCCGCCGCAGCCCCCUCGCAGGCGGCAGCCCCCAGCCCCGCGGGCGGGCGGCGCGCCUGGCCUUCUUUGGCCACGCGGCAGCAGCAGUGCCGAGGCGUCAGAGGGAGGCGGGCGCCCCGCGCGGUGACGGCGACGCCUGCGGGAGCUCCACUCACCGCUGUCGCCUGAGAGCCUGGUGACCUUUUGGCCGCCCGCCGCGGAGGCUCAGAUGGCUCAGGCGAAGAUAAACGCGAAAGCCAACGAAGGGCGCUUCUGCCGCUCCUCCUCCAUGGCGGACCGCUCCAGCCGCCUGCUGGAGAGCCUCGACCAACUGGAGCUCAGGGUUGAAGCUUUGAGAGAAGCAGCAAGUGCUAUUGAGCAAGAGAAAGAAAUUCUGCUGGAGAUGAUUCACAGUAUUCAGAACAGCCAGGACAUGAGGCAGAUCAGUGAUGGAGAAAGAGAAGAAUUAAAUCUGACUGCAAAUCGCUUGAUGGGGCGAACACUUACUGUUGAAGUUUCAGUAGAAACAAUCCGAAAUCCCCAACAGCAAGAAUCCCUGAAGCACGCCACUAGGAUUAUUGAUGAUGUGGUCAAUAAGUUUCUGGAUGAUCUAGAAAAUGCCAAGAGUCACUUAAUGUCACUCUACAGUGCUUGUUCUUCUGAGGUGCCACCGGGGCCAGUUGACCAGAAGUUUCAGUCUAUAGUCAUUGGCUGUGCUCUUGAAGACCAGAAGAAAAUUAAGAGAAGAUUAGAGACUCUGCUUAGAAAUAUUGAGAACUCCGACAAGGCCAUCAAGCUGUUAGAGCAUUCUAAAGGAGCUAGUUCCAAAACGCUGCAACAGAAUGCUGAAAACAGAUUUAAUUAG